AUGGCGACUGAUGAUGCCAUGGAUGUCGAGUCUGCAACCCAUGGGCUAUAUAUGGAUGUAGAGCGACACCCUUCCCCUCAAAACCCACCCGUUUCGCCCUCCCCAGCUUCCCUCAAUACCUCCACCCCUGACGUUUCCAGAAAUCCCACCGCUCCCUACGAUCCAACCCCACCUCCCGACUUCUCUCAAGCCGUCUCCCUUGCCCGUCGUGCCGUCGUUGCGUUUCUUAAAGAAUCUACAGCAGAAGAAAUCAUUCCAGAGGCUUCUCGUGUUGCCCUUAUUGACUCUACCCUCACGUUGAAACAUGCUUUCCGUGCUUUGGUCGAAAAUGGUGUCAAAGCGGCCCCGGUUAUCAAUAUCUCCUCGCAAGAGCUAUGUGGUACCCUCUCGGUUUCCGACAUUUUAGAUGCUCUCCUUGGAGUCUACUAUUCGCGAUCAUCGGAAGGUGUGGUGCCUGAUCUGUCGGAGGGGCUAGACGACUACACCGUGCGGAGCUGGCAUGCGCAACAGAGCCGCGACCAUUCGCACGAUGACUCUAGCGCAACCCGUCCUUUCACAUACGCCCUUUCGGAAGGCACUUUGUUUGACGCCGUCCGCAUUAUGCGUGACUCAAAGGUGUUGUAUCUUCCAAUCCUCUCAAACGAGCACAUGCCAUUGCACGCAUUGGAGCAUUGGCGUGUCAUGCGCUUUCUACAUCGCCAUUUUACUGCAAGGGAUGGUUUUGGAAUGGGUGUUGCAAAUUCCGCUGCCUCCGACCCAAGACACGCCACACGGCUAUUUACUCUGACGCUCUCCCAGCUCAAUUUGGGCACUUAUCGCAACUUGAUCACAAUCCCCCCAUCAACACCGCUUCUCCGUGGUUUGCAGAUAUUACAACAGCAUGAUCUUUUCGCCGUCCCAGUCGUCAAUGAGCGCAAUCAACUUGUGGAGGUGUACGGCCGUGCAGAUGCAGCACUUCUAGCAAGCGGUGGAUGCGAUGGAAAUACGUUGCAGCACUCUAUUAUGGAUGUGCUGCGAAAUAUUCGCCGAGGAAGGCCAUUCGUUGGAGUGACAUGUGCCAGGGAAGACAUGCUGGGCACCGUCUUUGAGCGCUUUGAGCGAACGGGCGUGCAAAGGAUGUACGUUAUAGGUUCAUCGGGUGUGGAAGGAGUGGUUUCACUGGUCACUUUACUUCGCUACUUCUUGCAGGGAUUUUAGAUGGCUUCAGGACGGCGUUGUCCGAGCUGCUUUCACGAGAGUGAUGCGAAAUUGCCACCUCAGAAAGUCUUGACAGCUCUAUGGCCUAGCACUUUUUCUCCUACCAGACGGAUUCUACGAUUUCAACCGCCCUUUUCUUGCACUUACGCCAUAUUCACAUCUUUCCAGAUGUGGAAGCCUCAGUUAUUUAAUUGCAAUUACACAGGGUACGCGCAGUAGACUUCACUGCGUGAGCAGGCAUGAUAUUCAAAACAACGACGCAUGGUAUGAUGUAAUAUUCUGUAUAUCGACAAAUCCCAUUGAACUUGAAGUGCAGACGCAGUCGACGCAAAGUGGCAACCUAGUUUGAGGUACUUAAAUCCCCUUCGAUGAAGUUGUUUGGAGGCCGACGAAAGAUCUCUACAUUUCUACGUGGUUUUAGAUCGGCCCACUACUCACUCUUCGUUAUUGCCGAUGAGACAAGUUUCAAGAUCACAUGAUCUUUCCUGCGUCCAAACGAUUCCCAAUGAGCGAACCCUUUUGUUCAUUGCUAGCAAAUUAUCUGCUGAUUCCAAUGGAACCGAACGUGGCGUUGAGGAUAAUGUUCCUAUGAACCAUACCUAUUGAGAUAAAUAGAGGACAAAUGAGACUGAGAAAUUAA